UCGACCAAUCGGAAUGUUACAGAGAAUCCUUCAAUCCGUGGUCAGUCGAUUGACGGAAGCGCCUCUGUGAAAGAUGAUUAAAAUGUAUCUAAAAGUUUUGUAUGCGUUGUUGUUGAUGUUGAGUUUCUAUGGAAUCCCUUCAACCGGACAGAAGAAAAAGGAGACUCUACUCUCUGAGAAGGUGGGUCAGCUUAUGGACUGGACAGGGAAGAGAGCUGUGAUCCGUAUGAACGGGGAGAAGUUUCGUCGCUUUGUGAAGGCUCCUCCCAGGAACUACUCUGUGGUCAUCAUGUUCACCGCCCUGCAGCCACAGAGACAGUGUGGCGUCUGCAAACAGGCUGACGAGGAGUACCAGAUCCUAGCUAAUUCCUGGCGUUACUCCAGUGCCUUCACCAACAAGGUCUUCUUCGCUACCGUCGACUUUGAUGAAGGAUCUGACGUCUUUCAGAUGUUGAAUAUGAACUCGGCUCCCUCCUUCAUCCAUUUUCCUGCUAAAGGGAAGCCUAAGAAGUCUGACUCCUAUGAGCUGCAGGUCAGAGGCUUCGCUGCAGAACAACUGGCCCGCUGGGUCGGGGACCGCACUGACGUACAGAUCCGUGUGAUCCGUCCUCCUAACUAUGCGGGGCCGUUGAUGCUGGGAUUCCUGCUGGCAGUGAUAGGAGGACUGGCUUACCUCCGCAGAAACAACCUGGAAUUCCUCUACAACAAGAACGUCUGGGCCUUCUCUGCUCUGUGUUUCUGCCUGAUCAUGACUUCAGGUCAGAUGUGGAACCACAUUAGAGGACCUCCCUACGCCCACAAGAACCCCACCACUGGACAAGUGAGUUACAUCCACGGCAGCAGUCAGGCCCAGUUUGUAGCAGAAACUCACAUCGUGCUGCUCUUCAACUCUGCUGUUACCAUGGGAAUGGUGCUGUUGCACGAGGCGGCCACUUCAGAUAUGGAUAUUGGCAAGAGGAAAAUCAUGUGUGUAGCAGGGAUCGGUCUGGUGAUGCUCUUCUUCAGUUGGCUGCUGUCCAUCUUUAGAGCUAAAUACCAUGGAUACCCUUACAGUUUCCUGUUGAGUUAGAGAGCUGGGAGGAAGAAGCCUGGAUGCUCCAUAGUGCCUCGGACGCCUCACAGACCAGAACACUGUUCAUCUGGGGUUAUCUCCUCUUCUGUUGCUGGAAACUACCAGGAAGACAUUGUUUACAUUGACAUUCACAAAGUUCACAAUGUCUUUUUAUUAAUAAAUACUGUACAUGAAUAUAAACGUAAUCCAUUAAAUGUAGAUAUGAAGGUGACCAUUGACAGCAGCAGCAGACGGGUCAUAACAGUUAGUCAGUGUUCAACAUAGUGGUGAGAUGGAAGGAGGGGAGAGGCAUAAGGAUGUUCAAUCUACAUGGAGGAGGGUAGGGGCAUAAGGAUGUUCUAUCUACAUAGGGUAGGGGCAUAAGGAUGUUCAAUCUACAUGGAGGAGGGGGUUAAGGAUGUUCUAUCUACAUGGAGGAGGGGGGUUAAGGAUGUUCUAUCUACAUGGAGGAGGGGGGGUUAAGGAUGUUCUAUCUACAUAGGGUAGGGGCAUAAGAAUGUUCUAUCUACAUGGAGGAGGGGGGUUAAGGAUGUUCUAUCUACAUGGAGGAGGGGGGGUUAAGGAUGUUCUAUCUACAUAGAGUAGGGGCAUAAGGAUGUUCUAUCUACAUGGAGGAGGGCGGUUAAGGAUGUUCUAUCUACAUGGAGGAGGGGGGUUAAGGAUGUUCUAUCUACAUGGAGGAGGGGGGGUUAAGGAUGUUCUAUCUACAUAGAGUAGGGGCAUAAGGAUGUUCUAUCUACAUGGAGGAGGGGGGUUAAGGAUGUUCUAUCUACAUGGAGGAGGGGGGUUAAGGAUGUUCUAUCUACAUAGAGUAGGGGCAUAAGGAUGUUCUAUCUACAUGGAGGAGGGGGUUAAGGAUGUUCUAUCUACAUGGAGGAGGGGGGUUAAGGAUGUUCUAUCUACAUUGAGGAGGGGAGGGGCAUAAGGAUGUUCUAUCUACAUGGAGGAGGGGGGUUAAGGAUGUUCUAUCUACAUGGAGGAGGGGGUUUAAGGAUGUUCUAUCUACAUGGAGGAGGGGGGUUAAGGAUGUUCUAUCUACAUAGAGGAGGGGAGGGGCAUAAGGAUAUUCUAUCUACAUAGAGGAGGGGAGGGGCAUAAGGAUGUUCUAUCUACAUAGAGUAGGGGCAUAAGAAUGUUCUAUCUACAUAGAGGGGAGGGGCAUAAGGAUGUUCUAUCUACAUGGAGGAGGGGGGUUAAGGAUGUUCUAUCUACAUGGAGGAGGGGGUUAAGGAUGUUCUAUCUACAUGGAGGAUGGGGCAUAAGAAUGUUCUAUCUACAUAGAACAUCCUUAUGCCCCUCCCCUCUAUCUACAUAGAGGGGAGGGGGGAUAAUGAUGUAAUAUCUACAUAGAGGGGAGGGGGAAUAAUGGUGUAAUAUCUACAUAGAGGGGAGCGGGGAUAGUGUUGUAAUAUCUACAUAGAGGGGAGGGGGAUUAAUGAUGUAAUAUCUACAUAGAGGGGAGGGGGGGAUACUGAUGUAAUAUCUACAUAGGGGGGGGGGGUAAUGAUGUAAUAUCUACAUAGAACAUCCUUAUCCCCCCCUAUCUACAUAGUGGAGGAGGGGAGGGGGAAUAUGGAUGUUAUAUCUACAUAGAGGAGGGGGGAUAAGAAUGUUUUAUCUACAUGGAGGUGGGUAGGGUGGAUAAGGACGUUCUAUCUUCAUAGAGGAGGGGAGAUAAGAAUGUUCUAUCUACAUAGAGGAGGGGUGUUAAGGAUGUUCUAUCUACAUGGAGGAGGGGAGGGGGGAUAAGAAUGUUCUAUCUACAUAGAGGAGGGGGGAUAAGGAUGUUCUAUCUACAUAGAGGAGGGGGGAUAAGGAUGUUCUAUCUACAUAGUGGAGGGGUGUUAAGGAUGUUCUAUCUACAUGGAGGAGGGGAGGGGGGAUUAGAAUGUUCUAUCUACAUAGAGGAGGGGGGAUAAGGAUGUUCUAUCUACAUGAAGGAGGGGAGGGGGUAUAAGGACGUUCUAUCUACAUAGAGGAGGGGGGAUAAGGAUGUUCUAUCUACAUAGUGGAGGGGAGAUAAGGAUGUUCUAUCUACAUAGUGGAGGGGAGAUAAGGAUGUUCUAUCUACAUAGUGGAGGGGAUAAAGUUGCUAUAUCUGCAUAGAGGAAAUGGGGGAGGGGAUAUUGAUCUGCAGUGUUUGAGAGAAUGGAAAGGGUCUGUAACUGAGUGUUGGGGUUAGAGAACAGAGAGGUUCUGUAACUGAGUGUUGGGGUUAGAGAACGGAGAGGGUCUGUAACUGAGUGUUGGGGUUAGAGAACGGAGAGGGUCUGAGUGUUGGGGUUAGAGAACGGAGAGGGUCUGUAACUCGGUGUUGGGGUUAGAGAACGGAGAGGGUCUGUAACUGAGUGUUGGGGUUAGAGAACGGAGAGGGUCUGUAACUGAGUGUUGGGGUUAGAGAACGGAGAGGGUCUAACUGAGUGUUGGGGUUAGAGAACGGAGAGGGUCUGUAACUCGGUGUUGGGGUUAGAGAACGGAGAGGGUCUGUAACUGAGUGUUGGUGUAUGGAGGGUUAUGUGAUAUCUGACUGAGCUGCUGUAUGUCUCUGUCUGUCUCAGGUGGUGAUGAUGCUUGUUGCCAUUAAAGUGCCUUAAUGACUA